UGUUUAUGAGGUGUUGUGGUGAUGUACGUACCUGAGGUGAUGACCCCCACUCAAUGACGGAGACAUCAGCUGUGUUGGUGACGCUGUUUGUGUGGCUCAGCAUCAUCGCCACACCCUUCUCAGAGUGCAGCAGCAGGACCAGAACCAGCAGCAGCCCAGGCAGCAGCAGAAGCAGCAGCAGCAUGAUGCGAGUCGCUCUGCUAGUUUUGGCUCUCACAGCAGUCUGCAAUGGCAUCCUCCCUGAGAUAGUGGACUCAGGCAUCAGUCACAUGCUGGAGGAUAAUUCCGAGCAGAGACAAACGGAGCUGGACCGCAUGUUUGUGGAAGUGGAGCAACUGCAAGAGGAGCCGCAGCAGAAGCCCGAGGACGCGUUUCACCAAAGGAACAACGACAGCGCCAGUCCUCAUCCCAAUAACCUUCCUCCAAGUCAACACAAUGAAACAGCCCCUGAUAAAGUGACUGACAGUGAAUCUGUCCACACCUCAUCAGACGUGGAGACAAACAACAUUACCACAGGCGACCAGUACAGUGACCUGGGCAACGACAUUGAUCAUGGAUGUGUGACUGCUAAAGACUGUGGGAAGGCAAAGUACUGUCUUUAUAACACGCACACCUCCAGGUGUCUGCCUUGCAAAGCUACUGAUGUGUCCUGUACUAAGGAUGAGGAGUGCUGUGGUGAACAGCUGUGUGUAUGGGGUCAGUGCACUCAAAAUGCCACGAAAGGAGAGCCUGGCAGCACUUGUCAAUACCAGACAGACUGCAGCACAGACCUCUGCUGUGCUUUCCAUAAAGCCCUGCUCUUCCCCGUCUGCUCGGCCAAGCCUAUUGAGCGCGAGCGCUGCUUUGGUGAGUCCAACCACCUCAUAGAGCUGUUGUCCUGGGACUCCCAGGAUGAGGGCCCCAGGAAACAUUGCCCCUGUGCGGGAGAUCUCCACUGCCAGCACCUGGGACGAGGAUCCAUGUGCCUUAAAGGAGAGGAUUCAAGUGAAGAGGACCUGACAGACACUCUAUACUCAGAGAUAGACUACAUCAUCUAGACACAGCAUGAUCUGAUUAUAAACAGCUAGACAGGGGUCUCCACUGACUCCAGAGCUUUGUUUGCAAAGAGCCAUAGCACUUUCUGUUUGACAGCUUAAUCCAAAGUGGCAAAAGCAUGUAAAAUGGAUGAAAAUAUAUUUAUUUUAUUUGCUCUGUGACCUGUGCAACCUUAGAGGUUUCCAAAAAUGCAGAUAUAAAAGUCACUAACAGAAAACAGGAAACGCUAUAUUUGUAAAGUCCUGUGCUGAUACGUAUCACUGGUUUCUUGACUCUUUGCUGCAACUCUAUAUUGUGCUAAAAUUCUAACACGUAUCUAAUGCUAACCCUUAUCUAAAUUAAUAGUAACACAAUGAAUCCAACUCUAGACACUGAAUAUCUGUAGUAUACUCACCUCACCUUAAAUUUGUGAGACCAAAAUAGCUAAAUGUUUUCUUUGAACCAUCCAAUACUGCAUUUACUGUGAACAAGGAAGAAAAAGAAACUAGAUACAAUCAUGCUUCAUGUACUGAGAAGCAGGCAAUAAUAAAUUAUAUUUGGGCUUCUGAGAAUCACUCCCCUCAACAUUACAGCUAUAUUCAUCCACAGGACUGCAACACUACCAUGAGACGUCAGCUGAACAUGCUCAGUUUUUUUCUAUUUCUGGUAAAGGCCUCUGUUAACAUGUAAAUAGUUGCUGCUCACAACUACAACAGUUGGUCUUAUUUCCGUCUAGGAAGCUAAUUUGCUUCCUUAUACAUGUCUGAUAAAACCAAAGUGUGUUUAAGAGUAAAUCAAAUUCUAGCUGCUUCAGUAUCCUAAAGUUGUUUAUAACGAAGCUUUUCGUUUCCUCUGCACUUGCCUUUGUUUGUCCUGAGAAAAUGUUUUGGCAAACUUUGCUGCUUGAUCCUAGCAAUAUCUGCUCUGCUGCCAAGAUCCUCGUGUUGCUUUGUUCCACAGAGGUGCUGUUUGUUUUUGCCAAGACCGAGGCCUCAGCAAUUUUAUGGCUCAGAGAUGACAUGUUAUUGUAUGCAUGACGAGAGGAAACACAUGCCAUGUUGAGAUUAUUCUGUCUAUAUUGUUUGUAUGUAUAUAUAUUUAUCAUGUGUGAUGUUUUUCUGUUAUAUACAUCCCUCAGCUUGAUUGUUAAUAACUCCUUUUGAUUAGUUUGAUGAUUGAGGUACACAAAGGUCGCUGGUAAGGUUUUGUGUCAGGGUCGGUUCAGUAGAGUUACAGGAUAGUAACUGCUGGCUGUUGAGACACAUUGUGCUGAAUGUUCGAGCCAAAAUGUGUGUCUGAAAUGAUGACUCUUUAUACUGUCAGGUUAGGCGCAAAGAGAAGGUUGUGCAGCAAUGGAAAAAAAAAAAGAUUUCCCAGCUUUAGGAACACAUAAUGCAAUUACCUAUAGCCAUAUAAUGAAUCUGAUGAAACCGUUGAGUAUUAAUGAGGUGCUAAUUCUACUAAUGAUUAUUUCUAGGUCUAUGUUCAACGUAUCCCCAAAAUUAAGUGUCACAAAGAUUGGAUUGGUUACAAAGCAACUGGACUGCUUAAGACUGUACUGGUGCACCUAAUAAACCGGUAACUGCAUUUUAACUGCGGUUUGGCCAACAAAAAUAGUCUUCAAUAACCUAUUUUUUCCCCCCCUUCACCUUGAGUGUCCUCCUGUAAACUUUAAAUAGUAAUCUGUGGAGAGGUCGGUUGGGGAUGGUCCUGUAGCAAACAUUUAAAGGCCCUGCACACUCACACAGUGAGUCAGAUCAGACCACACUCACUGAGCCACCACCAGACCAGAGGACUAAUUAGCCAGGCAACACCUGGCACCUCCGUGUACUCAGGUUUCCACCACCUUGAAAACAAUGUUAGGUAAAAUGUUCUGUCACUGUCUUUGACUGGAUGGGUUCAUUGCAGGGAAUGAAUUUCGUUGUACUGUGUAUGAUUAUGUACUUGAUUUGAUUUAAUCUUGGAGCUAUAAUCAUUGUGUUUAUCAGCCCAGCUGUUGUCCACACUUGCAGCUCUGGUUUUUGUUGUGGUCCAAAAACAUUACUUAUUAAAAACAAUACGAAAAGUUUUUCCAUGUUAUCUUUCAGGUACAGAAAUGGGACGAUUUCAACAUCUAGGCUAGAGGGUGCAAUACUAAUGCAAGUGAUACCUGAUGUAUGUGUGAAUGCAUAAACUUGUCAAACUGUCAAAUAUAACCUCUGCACUGUUAAGCACUUGAAACCUGAUAUGCAGCUUAUACAACUUCUGCCUUUGGAAAAAUAAAAAGUUUUUGUUAAGCACCAAA